CGUUACGCAACUGUCACAUAACCCUACAUUUUUUUAGGUUAAGUCAAUUAUUUAAACAUGUUAAAAAACGUUAAAUUACGUCCUUUGGUCACUUUUUCUAAAUAUUCGACUCAACCAGUGGCUAAAGAAACGUCCGAUUAUGAGAAUCGUAUCAAGGAAUUUGAAAAAAUCUCAAAUUUACAACAAAAAAUCAAGACGAAAAAACCCCAAAGAGCCCCCUUUGUCAAGAAUCUCUUUUUGGGGGUGUUUGAUACCGACCUUUUAGCCUAUCCCGAAAUAAGAAACGAGGAAUUAAACAAUUUAAAUAAGAAUUUAGAACCGGUUCAAACUUUUCUCCAACAACCAGAAAUCAAAAAUUGUGAUAAAAUCACAAGAGAUUUUUUGAGAAAAAUGUCAAAUGAGCGACUUUUGGGGCUCCAAGCGUCGGAAUUAAUCGGCGGAAGAGACUUAUCAAUGAGUGAAAUGUGUCGUUUUUUUGAAACCAUUUCCGAAACGAAUUUAAAAAAUUCACUAAUAAAUAACGAAGUUUUGGGGAUCCAAACUUUGGUCAAGUUUGGUUCAGAUCAAUUAAAACGCAAAUAUUUAGAGAAAUUGGUGGGGGGCGAAGCCCUAUCGGCGUUUUGCGUCCUUGAACCCCAUUCAACAAACAUCGAAAUUGGGAAAAGGACAGGAGUGAAAAGUCUAGAUGGCAAGACUUGGGUUUUAAAUGGGGAAAGAAAAUCGGUGUUAAACGGCAGUAAUGCAGAUUUUUACGUUGUUGUAGCAAACACAGAAAACAUCAACAAGGACGAAAUAACUGAAAAGAAAUUUAGUGUUUUUUUAGUUGAGCGUGAUUUUGGGGGAAUUACAAGUUCGAGUUGUGGCAGUCAUGACUUGUCUGAUGUUGUUUUUGACAAUAUUACAGUUCCACACGAAAACAUAAUCGGAGGUGAGAAUUGUGGAGAACAGAUUUUAACAGAUAUAUAUCCACAAUUUCGGCUCAGUACCGGCCCCAUAUGUUCCAUAUUAGUCAAAAAUUUAAUAAAUAAUGUUACUCAACAUUUCAUUAAUAUAUCAAAAAAACCAAACUUGUUGUACGAAACUGACGCAAUUCGGACGAAAUUAGGACAACUAACAACUUCGCUUUAUGCCAUCGACAGUAUGGUAUAUUUUACUUCAAGUCUUGUCGAUGAUUACGAAAAUCAAGACACCGAGUUAGAAACGUCAAUUGUAAAGGUUUUCGCUUCAGAGCAAGCUUUCCUCAAUACGUCAACUUGUCUCGAUUUAAUCGCCCCUGAUUCAGUUUUUGCCAAUCAUUGGUGCAACAAAUUCCAUUCUGAGGCUUCAUCUCAAGUGAUUUUGAACGACUCUAAUGACAAUUUAAAAACUUUGAUUGCUUUAUUUGGACUUCGUCAUGCCGGAGAGAAAAUCAAUGAUACGAUUAAGAAAAUUCGAAACCCGUUUUAUUAUAGUUCUUAUAUUUUCAAACGUAUGUGGACACAUCGUCGCAUUGCUGAAGAUAAUCCCAAAUUAAAUCUAUUUUUACAUCAUUAUUUGCACCCAUCAUCUAUAUCCGCUGCGCAACAUUUGGAGUAUUGUGUGUUGAGGUUUCAGUACGCCACUGAAACUCUACUAGCCCGUCACGGUGCUGAAAUUAUACACAAACAUCAAGAUUUAAGACGUUUAGCUAACGCCAUUAUUGACAUAUAUGCAAUGGUGGCUUGUAUAAGUCGCUCCUCACGUUCAUAUUGCAUUGGUUUACAACAUGCAGACUACGAAAUGGUUUUAGCCAAUGCUUUCACAUUUGGGGCCCUUGAACGUGUCAAAUCUAACCUCAAUAAAAUUAUAGAUGGCGCGAUUAGUACCAAUGACGAGAAUUAUAGAGUUGUGGCGAAAAGACUAUUUGAAUUGAAACAGUACUAUCCGGUGCAUCCCCUAACCCGAAAUUUUUAGUUAAAUAAAUAAUAUUACUAGA